AUGAGAUUUUCCACUGCUAUCGCCGCUUUAAGUGCCCUUGUCGUCGUCGCUGCUGCUCCCACUGAGUCCCAGGACGACAAGCACUUGUUCCAUGCUCCACACUGUCCACCACAAUGGUCGUCGCCUGAGGAACAGGGAUUGGCCUUCUACGAGUUCGUCAACACCUUCUACGUGGAGGGCAACACCACAGCCGCUUUGUUGAACUUCGUUUCUCCUGACUACAUCCAACACAACGUGUACAUCGAUAGUGGAAGAGACAACGCCCAGAAGGCCCUCGAAGGAAUCUUCAAGGAUUCUACCAUCACGCUCGUGAACGUCGGCUUCCAAAACAACGUUGGCUACGUCCACUACAAGGUCACCGAGGAGGGCUCGCCCGUGACUGCCUUCGUUGACGUCUACAGACUCAACGGUACCUGCGUGGAAGAGCACUGGGACGUGAUCCAAGCGCUUCCUGCCAACGCCACCAACCCACUUGCCUUGUUCUAG